GUGGAUGAAGGAUGAAAUGAAAUGAGCGACGUCGAGGUCAUGUUAGCUACGUUGUUCAGAUAGGAAACGAAUGAUGAGUGAUGACUUGCCUAUCCCUAGCCUGUAGCCAACACAAAACCACUAUAUUGCUUCCUAUAAUAGCUAUCCGCUAGCAGUAUGUAGUUAAAGUGAGAUGCUCGGCAGCAAUAGCCGGGAGAGAACUUCACCUCGUGGAUUAAAUCCGUCGGAAAGUCCAAGCUUUCCCCCGCAAUCGGAUAUCCCGAGCACCGAGACCUACUUUAAAAUCUGGGGCAGUCCUCGAACUACAUCUCUUCUCUGAUACAAGAAGUAAACCAUUCCAAUUUAAAUAUACAAACAAUUAAUAACGUCACCAUGCCCCCACCCCCGCUCACCGUGCAAUACAAAGAAGCCAACGGCAGUAAAAUCACCACCGACAUCUACCUCCCCCCGGCACCCACCACAACUACUACUGAAAAUGACACGCCGAAGAAAUAUCCCGUUUUGAUCAACAUCCACGGCGGCGUCUUCAUGCUCGGCCACUCGCGCAUGGUCUCCAUGCCCCAAGUCGACGACUGCCUCGCCCGGAACUGGAUCGUCGUGGUACCCAACCAUCGCCUCUGUCCGCAGGUGAAUAUGCUCGAGGGGCCCAUCACUGAUAUCCGGGACCUGUUGGCGUGGAUCUACGAUGGUCAGUUAGAUGCGUUCCUUGCCGGCGCAGGUGCAGAUGCAGCGGGGUAUCGGGUCGAUAUGGAUCGGGUUAUGGCGUUUGGGACGUCGUCGGGAGGUACAUUAGCAUUGUCAUUGGGCUACUCCGUCCCCCGCCCCGUCGCCGCAAUCCUCGACUUCUACGGCGCCGUGCACUUUACCCACCCUUUCUGGACCCAACCUCUCCCAGACGUCCAACGCACCCUGCCCCCACUCGAUCCUGCAUUCUUGCAUAAGAUCUACGAUGAAUAUCCCGUCCCUACGGACAGUUCUAUCUCGCUGGAGGGCCAGACAGAGCUUGCUGGCGGUAGCAAGGCCAAGGGCCCGGAUUUCUCCCGCCCCCGGGAUGCAUUCGCCCUAACGCAGGUAGCUAAUGGGACGGUCUUGCAGGCUUGUUAUCCUGAUAGGGAUGUGAGGGAGAUUGAUCCGGUGGUGCAUGUGGGCAAGGGGUUUCCGCCGACGUUUAUUGUGCAUGGGGAUUGUGAUACGAAGGUUAGUAUUGAGGUUAGUCGGGAGCUGUGGAGGGUGUUGAGGGAGAAUGGGGUCGAGUGUGGGAUGGUGGAGGUGCCCGGGGAGGAUCAUACGUUUGCGAUGGGAAUGCAGGUUGGAGGGAGGACGUGGGAGUUGCAGAGGCAGGGGGUUGAGUUUUUGGAGAGGGUUAUUUCACGAUAGUUUGUGGUUGGGGUUGUUGGGGUUGUUGUAAUAAUUUAUAGGGGUUCAUAUAGAUUUUCGAUAAGAGUAAGAAUCGAGACCAGUUCUUUUCUUAUUGAGUCUUUUACCCGAUUUGGUAUUUGAUUCAUCUCGGGGAUUGUCCGCGGUUUGUUGCAGAGUUUGAAAGUAGUAGGAUGGCUAUCAAUGCUCAAUACUUCUUUAUCAGCUAGGCUGCAACGUAUGCAAUACUGGGAUGACCGGUGUCCGCGGGAUCCAGACACUCUAGGCUGAUGCCAAUCUUAGGCAAGCAUUUU